AUGGCUGUAACAGACGGGAAAAGGGCCACGUCCCGGAAACACGCGAUCCGCAGGCGACGACAAGAUAAACCAGCCAUAUCGGCAAGACUCAUCCUGGACGAUCACAUAAAGAACGAUGUCGGCAUACUCUCGGAAGACCUCUUCUCCGAUCUCUUUCCAUACCUCCAAGGCAGCUCCGAAGACGACCUGCCGGACCAGGUUCACCACGUUGCGCUGUCUCCAUGGGCUCCCAACGCUGCCCCUGCUGAGAUGGCUUGGUCCAUAGUUCCUGUGGUGCGAUCCUCUUCGUUGGCACAUUCUACCGUGCAAUUUUCCCCGUCGUCAUCAGCCUUGCAGAGCUUUGCCGUGGCAUUGCAAGAAGUUGCGCCAUCCAAGUUGUCCAGUCAUAGCCGAAGCGGCAUAGAAAUAUUGGUUCUGGACGUCGCUCCUGUACCUCUUGAAACCGUCUUCGUCAGCUUAGAGAGCGAGUCAACUAAACGGUUAGAGAAUGGCGAAGGCACGUUCUUCAAAGAACACCCGUCCAGCCCAAGAGGAAAGAACAUUGCGAACAUGAGCGCCGAAGAGAGGCUCACGUUUGCGAUUCGAACUUCUCUAAGCAGUCUUAAAGUUGCGCAUGCGGGCGACUUGUUUGCUCUACCGUUGGCACCUCAUCAUGUCACCCACGUGCCACCAAACCCAGGAAAAAUCAUGCUAUGCGAGCCAGUAGCUCAAGGGAUUCUAACGGACACGACAAAAAUCGUUCUCAUGCGCGGGAGACAUACGAAACACGGCCGAGGGCUCGCGUCCAUAGGCACCGGCCAUCGACUUAAUGGUGUAGGCGAGGAGGACGAGGACGGCAAUACCGACCAGUUUUUCUCGGCGGCUGAAGAGCGUUAUCGAACCGAUGCGAAAGCGGACGAAACUGUGACCGAAACCGAGACGGAAUUUUCGGCAACGGAACAAGAAGAUGAGUUGUCUGACGAUUCAAUGGAUGAAAUGAUCACUCUAGAAACCCCAACGCUCCCUACUACCAACGUGAGUGGACUCGGCACAAUGCAACCUGGGACUCCAAUGACGAUUGGAACGCUCCGUGGAAGAAAAACCAACGGGGCUGCAACACCUGGAUCAAUAUUUUCCAAUUUCACUUCAGCCACAGCUCGACCAGAUCGACCACGGGGCCGACUGUUUAAAGCGCAUGGCCUUGUGAAGCCCAUUCCAUCUGAUCUGUUGCAUCCCAAGCCGGCUCCAGAAGACGACGAAGAGGCGCGGAUAUACGUUGAUAUGAGCUCUUUGCCAAAGAUUGGUUGCUUUUCGGGUGAUUGGGCGAGAAUUGAAGUGGCCGAGGAGCCGCCAUUGAACGGAUUCGGUGCGUUUGGAUUAGGAAGCUUUGGCAAUGUGGAAGCCGAGGUGUCAAACUGGCGCCCUGUCAGAGUCUAUGGUCUACCAGAAGGAUACUCUCAGCGACCGGUUACUCGCAUCCCUAGUUCCAGAGCAGGCGAAAGGAGGAUGUCCUUCUUUGAAUCACAAGUUCAGCGGCCGACCAGCCCUGUAGCAUACGCAUCACCGCUUUUGCUUGCCAAUCUAGACGAUGCUACACAUUUACGCAUCGCGGCUCUCAAACGAUCAGCCUAUCAAGGGAAAGGCACGCUUCCUCGCUUUACCAGUGCAUCGCACCCACCAUACGCAAAAGACAUUGCCAUUCACCAUAUCCGCACGCCAAUCUCGGCUGAAAGGUCGUACCAGACUGCCGUGCUAGGUGGGUUGAAACGAUAUUUUGCUCAGAAAAUUCGCCUAGUCCGAACUGGAGAUUUGAUCGCGGUACCAGUAGAUGCUCAACUGGGGCGAGCGCUACAAGAAGCAACAGGCGUGGGAGGUUCAGAGGUAGAUGACGUGAUGGCAUUGACAGCUGGUGAGACCACGCCGGGGCAACCGUCGACUCGUAUUGAUGGCGUUGCUUGGUUCAAAGUUGGACACAUACAAAUUCAAAAAUCUGACGAGGAUGAAGAUGGGACGGCUGAGGCGCUCUGGGGUUCUGUUGCAUGCAUUGACAGCUCAACUGUAGGCAUGCACGGAUCAGGGUUCGAGACGAGCCGCAUACCGGGAAUGGGCCAGAGCUCUUGGCCGUAUUACCUGGGGCUGAAGAAACCUCCGAGGAGGUCGUCCGAUGCCAGUCAACUGGCUGUAUCAGAUCAGAAGGAAAAGUUCGUGUCACCGCUGAGACGGCAACUUCGAGAGCUGCUUGCUGCAGGGACCAGCCCUAGGGCAAUUCACCUCAAAAUGCCGCCAAUUGCAAUUUUGUUGACCUCCACGCACCGUAACAUUGGUAAAGCUACUCUGGCAACAGCAGCCUGCGCUGAUAUUGGUCUUCAUACGUACACCAUCGAUGCCUAUGAUAUAUUGAGUGAAGGCGGUGGAAGUGGAAGCGAUGUAAAAACUGAAGGAUUCCUUCGAACACGGGCAGAGAGAGCGAUUAGCUGCGGCCCGGACUGCUGUGCUCUUCUUAUCCAGCAUAUCGAGGCACUUACAGCCGAUAGGAUCGAGGCUACGAUGAAGGAGAUUCUGGAGGACACUAGGGUUCUAAUCGCUACGACCAACGAAGUCGACCAAGUACCAGAUGGCGUCCGAGCCUUAUUCACGCACGAAUUGGAGAUGGGUGCACCUGACGAGUCAGAGCGCGAGGCCAUUCUGAGAAAUGUCGUGGACGACCGAGGUGUCACUCUCGAGCCGACGAUUGACUUGAACUCAAUUGCACUAAAAACCGCUGCUUUGGUUGCUGGCGACUUGGUCGAUGUUGUUGAGCGGGCAUCCUUGGCCCAAUACGCCCGCCUCGAAUCACUUUCCUCAAAAAAUACACAUGAUGGUGCUGUCGUAACUGUCCGAGACGUUCAAGUUGCUGGAGGUCCUCUGGCACGAUCUCUUACAGCUGCUGACUUUGAUGUUGCCGUUGAGGCUGCUCGCAAGAAUUUCUCUGAUUCUAUCGGCGCACCCAAGAUUCCCAACGUCACCUGGGACGAUGUCGGUGGUCUCAGCAAUGUCAAGGAUGCGGUAACCGAGACAAUCCAGCUGCCAUUGGAGCGCCCUGAACUGUUCGCUAAGGGCAUGAAGAAGAGGUCAGGCAUCCUUUUCUACGGUCCUCCUGGCACCGGUAAGACAUUGUUGGCAAAAGCCAUCGCCACAGAGUACAGCCUCAACUUUUUCAGCGUCAAAGGACCAGAACUGCUGAACAUGUACAUUGGUGAGUCGGAAGCCAAUGUACGAAGAGUGUUUCAACGUGCACGAGACGCACGCCCUUGCGUCGUGUUCUUUGACGAGUUGGACUCCGUCGCGCCAAAGAGAGGUAAUCAGGGCGACAGCGGUGGUGUUAUGGAUCGUAUUGUGUCUCAGCUUCUGGCUGAACUUGACGGCAUGUCUGGCGGAGACGACGCUGGUGGUGUGUUCGUCGUUGGUGCGACCAACAGACCAGACCUUCUGGACCCUGCCCUCCUCCGCCCAGGUCGUUUUGACAAGAUGCUUUAUCUCGGGGUAUCUGAUACGCACGAGAAGCAGCAAACCAUCCUGGAAGCAUUGACGCGAAAAUUCACCCUUCAUCCCACAGUCUCGCUGCGAAAUGUUGCCCAACAGCUUCCAUUUACGUACACUGGCGCCGAUUUCUAUGCCUUGUGCAGCGAUGCCAUGCUCAAAGCAGUUACACGGCAAUCAUCUGCCGUGGACGCCAAAGUCCGUGCCAUCAAUGCUGAGCGCGCAGGCAAAUCUCAGAUUUCCACUGCAUACUUCUUCGACCAUUUCGCAACCAAGGAAGAUAUCGCAGUCAUGGUUACUGAGGCAGAUUUCUUGGCUGCCAAUGACGAGCUUAUUCCAAGUGUAAGUGCUGGCGAACUAGCCCAUUACGAAAAAGUUCGUGCGACAUUUGAGGGUAGCCGGGAUAAGCAGCCCAAACCCAGUACUGCAACGCUGGACCACAGACCAUCGUCAGCAUCAAGUAAAGGCAAGAUGAGCGCAAAAUCUUACGGGAAGUUGCCCGCGUCCAACAAGGGCAAAGGCAAAGCUAUAGCGGCAGAUAUGGAUAGCGACGACGAAUAUGAUGAGGACUCAGAUGCAACGCCCAGUGGCGCCGUUAAUGGUCGGUCAAAGGGCAAGGGAAAGGCGGUCAUGGGGUUUCAAGAUGGGACUGCCAGUGAUGAUGACGGGUUGUACUAA